UCCGAAAUAUUCGCGGGAAGAUUUGUUGACUAGACUUAUAGUUUCUAUUCACUUCAACUAGUAGUUCUAGACUCCAGAUCUAGUCUCUAGUGCUAAACUAGUCUAGAUCUGAACAUAAAAUUAACAUGCCAUCUUCCAUAGAUGAUGCCGAUUCUUGCACAUCGAAAUUAGAUCUCGAUGAAGAGUGCACUAAUAGGUUGAAAUUAAUUGAAAAUGAGUUUCAAGACGGUGAUAUCACUCUUAAGGGCUAUUGGAAGAAAAAGUACAGUAUACUGGAAAAAGUUUUGCCUGGAAAACUUAGAUCUGAAGUGGAAAAUCUCAGACAAGAAUUUGAAGGUGGCGACAUCACAGAGAAAGGUUAUUACAAAAAGUUGGAAAGUAUUAUUGAAGACUUUCUAGAACAAACAAAAGACAAUGUCUGCAAGCUGAUCCAGAACUCUGUUGACACUACUGGAGAUAAUUCAGUGAAUACAAAUGGGAAUUGUUCUAUGCCACUGGUCAGGAAAGAAACAGAAGUGUCCAAACAAAAUAUUGUUGAGAUCAAGUGUGAUAAUGAACUGAAACAAAAUGGACACCAUCAAAGCCAAGUUUGUGAAAGUAAAAUGGAGGUUGAUGAGGCCGAAAGUGGCUCAGAAGUAACAAGUUUACCAGAGAAACAAUCAGAUAAUGACACAACUCAAAUUGAAUCAGUUAACACAAAUGACAACUCCCCUGCUAAAAAGUCUAAAAGUGAAAGUGGCUCAGAUGAAAAACUUACAAAGUCUAAAGCUGCUAAGGAGAGAAACUCUAGUACAUUCAAAGAAGAGAGAACACCAUCCCGAACCUCUAGACGACUGAGCAGUAAGAAAGAUGAAAAACAGCCAACUAUUUUAUCUAUGAUGAAUGCCAAACCCAAAACAGAAAAUGUAGCAUCAGAUAAAAUGGAAGAUGUUGUAUUGGACAAUGUUAAAGAUGAUUUUAUUGAAGCUGAUGAUGACACACAAGGGAGUGCGAAGAGAAUAAAGCUUCAGAAAGAUUAUAGGAGAAAGUCUGAUGGAGUUAACUCAGUCUUCAGUCCUAGUCCUGCUAAAGCUUUACCGCUGAGAUGCAAUGAAUGUUUGAAAUAUUUGGAUGAUCCUGACCUAAAACUCUUCCCUGGUGAUGCUGAUGAAGCAGUGGAAGAAAUGAUAGCUCUCACUGAUCCAAAGUUAUCUUUAUACACUGGCGAUGAAGAUCAUGACAAAAUGGCAGAAGACAGACCACAGCAUAAAAUAACCAACUUUAGCGUCUAUGACAAAAAUACUCAUCUUUGUGCUUUUGAUACUGGCUUGAUAGAACGCAACAAAUAUCUUUUCUUCAGUGGAGUUUUAAAACCUAUAUUUGAGGAAGAUUCUAGUCCUGAAGGAGGAGUGCCAUGUCGUAAUAUGGGUCCAAUCAAUGAAUGGUUUGUAUCAGGUUUUGAUGGUGGAGAGAAUGCUCUGAUUGGGUUCUCCACUGGGUUUGCAGAGUACAUUCUGAUGCAGCCCAGUGAAGCCUAUGCGCCUUUCAUUGAUCAGAUGAAGGUCAAGGUUCACAUGUCCAAGAUAGUCAUCGAGUUUCUGUCCAACAAUCCAGAUGCUUUGUAUGAAGAUUUGUUAAACAAAAUACAGACCACAGUUCCACCAGCUGGACUGACUAGUUUUUCAGAAGAUUCUUUACUGCGGCAUGCACAGUUCAUCGUGGAUCAAGUUCAGAGUUAUGAUGAUGCUGCUGAAAAUGAUGAGUUUCUACUGAUCACAACACCAUGCAUGAGAGCACUGAUCAAACUGGCUGGAGUAACACUGGGGAAAAGGAGGCAACUUGCUAAAGAAGUUAACAGAAUGAAAAUGAAGAAAGAGAAACAGGUUCAUACCAAGGCAACAGUAACUCCCCUUGUACACAGCAUUUUUGAUUCUAUUUUUCAAGGACAGAUAAUUGAUGAGGCAGUGAAAACUAAAAAACAGAGAUGUGGCAUUUGUGAGAUUUGUCAGCAGCCAGACUGUGGCAAAUGUACAGCUUGUAAGGAUAUGACAAAGUUUGGUGGUACAGGCCGUGCUAAACAGGCUUGUAAAGAGAGGAGAUGCCCCUACAUGGCUGUGAAAUCAGCAGAAGAUGAUGACCUUGAAGAAGAGACAGAAAUAGACAAAGAGAUUGAAGAAGAGAAAUGUAUCAGCACAGCCCCUAAACACAAAGCUGCUAAAAAUAUCAAAACUCAAGUCCAAUGGAUUGGUGACUCAAUCAAUGAGAAAGGAAAAAGAAUGUAUUAUUCUAAAGCAAUGUUGAAUGAGUUUGAGAUUGCCCCAGGUGACUAUGUUUCAGUAACUCCUUCAGACCCUACUGAACCCUAUUUCAUAGCACAGAUACAAUAUCUGUACGAAGAUGCUUCUGGCAAGUAUGCACACAUCAACUGGUUGUACAGAGGGUCUGAAACUGUUCUGGGUGAAGCCUCUGAUCCAUUGGAGCUGUUCAUAUCCAAUGAUUGCAAUGAUAAUGAUUUAGUAACCAUACACAAUAAAGUCACAGUCAUUCAAAAGACAGUGCCCAUUGACUGGAACAUGAAAGGUGGUAUUGAUAAUCCAGACGAAGAUAGUGUUGUUAAAGAGGAUGAUGGGAAAUCUUUUUAUUACCAGAAGUUCUAUGACCCUGAGUUUGGUAGAUUUGAGGAUCCUCCAGUUUUAAAAUGUGCUGAAGGUCAGAUAGUUUGCUCCUGCUGUGAAAGAGUGGAAUUACACAAAAAAUUGAUGGAAACUUCACUUGGAACAAAGGCUGAGGUGGACAAUGCUCAAUCUGGGUACACAUAUUACAGUAGUGUCAGCAAAGAUGGCGAUACCUACAAAGUUGGUGAUUGCUGCUACCUAGAUCCUGAAGCCUUUAUUUUCUCUAUUAAACAUCCUAAAGUUGCACCCAGAACAACCAAAGAUAAACAUAUAGAUGAGGAUAUUUAUCCUGAAGCUUAUAGAAAAUCAGAAUAUGUGAAAGGAUCUAAUGAUGAUUGCCCUGAACCAUUUCGCGUGGCUCGUAUUGUUGAGAUAUUUGUCAAGCAAGACAAAAACAAACAGUCAGAUGUUCAAGAUGUUAAAAUUAAAGUCAACAAAUUUUAUAGAAUAGAGAACACACAUAAGGGACAACAAGCAGUGUAUCACUCGGAUCUGAACAAACUUUACUGGAGUGAUGAACAGGUGACUGUCACCAUCAGUUACAUCCGAGGGAAGUGCACUGUUAUGUACCAAGAAAAUUUGUUAGAGAGCCUGGAUGACUACUUCCUGGGGACCAGCGACAGAUUUUAUUUCAAUGAAUCAUACAAUAGUCAGUCUCGGGAGUUUGAAGAUCCACCAAGGAUCGCAAGAUUAAUGGGAAGUAAAGGAAAAGGCAAAGGUAAAGGCAAAGGAAAGUCUAGUGACAAACAAGACACACAAACGGAAGAAAGUAAAAAAGUUGAAAUACAUAAACUAAGAACUUUGGAUGUCUUUGCCGGAUGCGGAGGUUUAUCUGAAGGACUCCAUCAGGCUGGUAUGGCAGAAACUCGUUGGGCCAUUGAGAAAGAGCAACCUGCUGCCCAGGCUUUUCGUCUGAACAAUCCUGGUUGUGUUGUGUUUACUGAUGAUUGUAAUUUACUGCUGCAGAGAGUCAUGCAAGGGGAGAAAACUAAUGAACUAGGACAGAAACUACCACAAAAAGGUGAUGUGGAGCUCCUUUGUGGAGGUCCACCUUGUCAAGGCUUUAGUGGAAUGAAUAGGUUCAACUCUAGAGAUUACUCUAAAUUUAAAAACUCUUUGAUCGCUUCCUAUCUGAGUUACUGUGAUUACUUCAGGCCAAGAUUCUUCUUACUAGAGAAUGUCAGAAACUUUGUCUCUUUCAAACGCAGCAUGGUUCUCAAACUAACACUUCGCAGCCUGCUGAGAAUGGGCUACCAGUGUACUUUUGGUGUACUUCAGGCUGGAAGUUAUGGAGUUGCACAGACCAGACGGAGAGCCAUUAUACUAGCUGCUGCUCCAGGAGAAAAACUACCAAUGUUUCCAGAGCCCAUGCACACCUUUGCCCCACGGGCUAUGCAGUUGUCAGUCAUGGUGGAUGAAAAGAAGUUUGUUAGUAACAUAAAAAAUACCAGCUCCACACCAUAUCGUACUAUCACUGUGAGAGAUGCAAUGUCAGAUCUUCCUGAAGUCAAGAAUGGAGCUAAAGCUGAAGAAAUUUCUUACAAAGGUGAUCCUGAAACUCAUUUCCAGAGACUUAUAAGGGGCAAUCAACACCAACCUAUCCUCAGGGACCAUAUCUGUAAAGAAAUGAACCCACUCGUGGCUGCUCGUAUGAUGCACAUACCACUUGCCCCAGGUUCUGAUUGGAGAGACCUGCCAAAUUUAGAACUCAGAUUGUCUGAUGGAAACAAGACUAAAAAAUUAUUGUAUCCAUAUAAAGACAAAAGAAAUGGCAAUGGCUCAAAUGGUCAGCUCCGUGGUGUGUGUACCUGUGCUACAGGAAAGGCUUGUGAACCAUUAGAUCGUCAGUUCAAUACAUUGAUACCUUGGUGUUUACCUCACACAGGCAACAGACAUAACCACUGGGCUGGUCUCUAUGGAAGGUUGGACUGGGAUGGGUUUUUUAGCACAACUAUUACCAACCCUGAACCAAUGGGAAAACAAGGUAGAGUACUUCAUCCUGAACAGCAUCGUGUAGUCAGUGUUCGAGAGUGUGCCAGAUCUCAAGGUUUUCCAGACACAUACAGAUUCUUUGGCAACAUAUUGGAUAAACACAGACAGGUUGGCAAUGCUGUUCCCCCACCCUUGGGACGCGCCAUUGGUCUAGAGAUUAAAAAAUGCCUAGUUUGGAAGGAAAGUUUAGAACAUCCUACACCAGGAAAAGAGGAGGCAAUAUCAGUUGUAGAUUUAGAUACAGAAGAAAAAAUUGUGCUUCAUAAAGAAGGGGGAAGUGGUUCCAGCAGCUGAUAAGAAUAUAUUACAAAAAGUAGUGAAACUUAAUAUUGAAAUUAAAUUAAUAUUUGUAAUUAAAAAAAGUUAUGUAUUUUUUGAAAUUAUAUUUAAAAAAAAUACUUAUUGCUAUUUGUGCUAAUUAUUUCUUUUUAAAUGCUUGUUUAUAAAAAUUUAUAGAAUUUUAAUACACUCUUUUAAGUAAUAUCACGUCUUUAUUCAUAUUUUAAAAUUAUAAUACCGGUACUUUUAAAGACAUGUAGUAAAUUAAUUAACCAACUUAAAAAUUGUAAAUUUUGAUUUCAGAAAGCUCAUUAAAUCACAGUGGCUAAUGAGACUGUUAUUAUAUAAAUACAUUGUAAUUAUUUUUUUAAAAACUUUUGUUAUGAAUAUAUUUUAGUUGCCUACAUACAGAUUGAGUACCGUAUACAAAGUGGACCUGAUCUAUUAUUCUUGUGUAGCUAAUUCUCAUUUCUGCUUGCAAAAAUAGAUCAGGGUAGGGAGUCAGCAAAAUUUUUCUGCUAAACUAUUUUAUGUUAGUAAAAAAAAUUUUUAUUUCUGGUCAUAUUAUUUUUUUGUUGUAAGUAGCUCACAUCAUCUAAUAUAUUUACAAUUUUUUUCACCUUGUGUUGUCCUUGGGUUAUCAAUUGAAAACUGAUCUAAACCAUGGGACAAGAACUUGCAUAAGUUAUAGGACAUUUUUAAAGCCACAAUCAUAUACAAGUAUUCUUUUCUUGUAUUUCUCUGUUGUACAGUACUCAUUUUAUUAUGAAGAUAAAAAAAAAAGAUUAAAUACAGUUUUAAAUGAUC